CGCGGAUAUAUAGAGCGUGCAGUAGUCUGGACGCGAACUCAACGUGUCCAUGAUCGAGUCGAUGUGACAGCUCGGCGGACUAAUCAUGUAAGUACUCGUGAGACUUGAUAGUAGAUACCGACAGGUAAUAUAUCUGUCUUCACGUUCCUGCUCUUUUGUUCUCGCCAUCACCUGUACACGCCCUGCCAUGCCAGUAUCACACGUUGGCUUAACCGUCUCUCACGUACCUUCUGCCUGCUCCUUCUUCCUAUCGGCGCUCCAGCCUCUUGGAUACAGAUACGUUGGCAAUCAGGGCGACUCGGUUGGUUUCGGGACGGACGAUGCUGAUUUCUUCCUGAGUCCGGAAGUGCCUGGUGUCAAUCGCAGCAAUGCACAUGUGGCAUUUUCCGCGACCAGCAAAUCGGCGGUGAGGGACUUCUAUGCGGCUGCGCUGACCGCUGGCGGUCAACCCAACGGAUCUCCCGCCUUCAGAGGAUGCAACGAUUGUAUCUUCAAUGCUGCAGUCCUCGAUCUUGAUGGUAAUAGCAUUGAGGUCAUCUACCAUCAGAUUGAAGACGACGACGCAUAUACCACUGUCUCGGGAGGCAGCCGAGUCCUGACAUGGAGAAGAGGCAUCGUGAACGUCCUCGGAGAUGAAGACAGGUCCACUUUCAUCUCAACUAGUCCCAAUCCUGCACCCAGCACUGCCCAGUCAACACCACAGUCCAAAGCUCCAAGUGUCGUCAGAACUGCAUCGGCACCAGCAGUUACUACCUCGUCGCAAACCUCGAGUUCCGACAAUGGCUUUCAGAUCACUGGCAAAGCAAUCAUAGGCACUAUACUCGGAGCUGCAGCUGGUGCAGCAGUCGCUUACGCCAUGGUCAGAAGCGAGCAAGAUGGCGCACAACAGGAAGCAGAGUUUGCCGAGGCGAUUAGCAGGAAAGCUGCGUCUAGCAGGGCAUCAAGUAAGGCACCCAGCAAAGCUACUCCGAGUCAAGCUCAAACUAGCAAGGCGAAGACCGUAUACAACUCCGCGCCAAUGAGCAAGGCAGCACCAGCGAGUAGGAUCUCUGAGAUAAAGGAGAGUACGGAAAUUCGACCAAGGACAAGGGCGCAUCGCAACUACAGCACUACCGAAUCUGUGAUUGCAUCCAGGGUGAUGGAGCAAUUUAGUGACGAUGAACCGGAGCUGGUGCUUCGACCACGAAAAGCACACUCUGUACGAGCCAUUGAAGCUGCUCCAGAACCUCAAUCACUGGAAGAGGUUGACGCAAAGAGCUACCACAGUCCCACCUAUGUUUCUCUGGCACCUACUCCGAGGGCCGCAAAGAAGUCCGAAGCGAUAUACAUACCCGCUUCUCAGAUCGUCUCCAGAGCUCCCUCGAGAGCUCCCUCAGGUCCACCGUCGGUAGCGCCAACGGAACGUCAGAUCGAAUACAUCCCAGCUUCAUUGGCCACUCAGCGGCCCUCUAUCGUAUCUCGUCGGGCUGUCACAUCACCUCCUUCCAUCUGCCACACCGACCGUCAGAUCGAGGAUGUUCCGGCCCAAACCAACGACUGGACCUCACAAGAUCUCGUAGUAGCGCGUCGAGACAGUGCAAUGAGUAUGUAUUCGACACACUCGAGCAAGAGCAAGCACAGCAAACAUCCGCACAAAGAGUCAUCCAGGAGUCACCACAGCGAGAAAAGAGAAGUAUCUCCUGACAGAGUCAGUAGACAUUCCCAUCGCUCGAGCAAACACCGAGAUCCAUCAGUCGUGAGUCGUCGGAGCGAAAGAGAAUACUCAGUAGAUCGACCGAGCAAACACCGCGACUCUUCCAGCCAUCAUUCGAAAACUUCAAAAAGGUCGUCAAAGCAUCGAUCUAGCGCUCACAGAGAUGCAUCGCCUUACGAUGGCUCUGAUGUGAGUACAAUCAAAGCCAGCCGGAUCAACGGCUCUUAUCACUCCGCUGCCGGUAUACCACUGCCUGGUUCCCGUAAAUCUUCCGUCGUUUCGGUGGCAGAUCUGCCUUUGCCAAUAUCCAGGAAAACAUCGAUCAUCUCUGCGGCAGAUUAUGCUCUGCCAGGCUCUAGGACGACUUCCAUCGUCUCAGGUGCAGAUAUGCCUUUACCGAUAUCCAGACGACCCUCCCUAGUCUCAGCAAUGGAAAGACCUCUGCCAAUCUCCAGAGCAGUAUCAACGACCUCAGGCCACCAAAUCCCACUUCCCGAAUCACGCUCAGGAAGUAUAAUCGGCAGUAUUCUUGGCCGACCAACCGCAGAGCACGAAACUUUUGCCGCAGGAGUCCCGCUUCCGGAGUCACGCAAAACAAGCCUCGUGGGCAGUCUCGGUCUUCUCGCCAAUGAUCCUAUCCCUCGUAUCGACGAUCUCGAGACCGUAGCUCCAGAUGAUAGUAUUUCCUGUGUUGCUUCCCGCCACACCCGCCACUCUCGUGAAGAAUCUCGCCAUGGCGACUGCAGUCACGACGGUGAGAGUAGGAAAUCCGGCUCGAGCAAGAAACAUAGGCAUAGAUCGUUACAUGGUGAAGGCUCGAGAAGAUCGAGUAGGCGUGCGGAGGCUGAGAGUGAAGCUACCGUUAAGCUCGAGAAGAGCAGUAAAUAUAGUGCUGUGAGUCUGCCUUUACAUGCUAGAAGCAGAACGGGCAUUGAGAAGGAUGAGAAGAGGGGGCAGAGGAGUUUCGUUAGUGUUGCUUUUGGAGGUCGAUGAUUGUCUAGAGAAGAAUUUCCAUUCAUGAGAAUGUUGUGGAAUGGAUCUUUCUCAUUCGAUAUAUCAUUAAUCCGGGUUCCUGUGAUAGCCUAGCUACUCAAGACCGUACGCAAACUAAGAGUCAACACCCUUGACCUUUUCAUCAACAACAUUGAUCACUUCAUUGCUCGUAACCUCCAACCCUUCGACCACUCGCUCGUCACCAAAUCUGACUGCGAUUUCUUCCAAGUUCAACCCUUUAGUUUCCACAAAGAAGAAGAACACGAAG